AUGACGCACCCGAAGUGUUUUUUUCUGUUGUUCGACCUUCGGCUGGUGUGGCAGCGCAUUUUUCAGGUACCAGGCGCUGAGCCUGUUGGGUUGACAGAGUUGGGGCAGAAGCGGCAGGAGCUCACACAGCCGUAUCGGCCUGCCAGCGAGGAUGAGAUGGAGGAGUUUCAGGAGUCAGAGGAUGAGGAUGCUGUCGACGAUCCACACCCUGAUGCAGAAGAGGAUGCAGACGAGGAAGAUGAGCCGCCCACCUGCAACCCUGUUCGACCGGUCCCGCGGCUGCGCCCAGCCCGACCGCACGCCGAGCGCGCCGAGCCUGCGUUGCGCAGUGAGCGCAAAGAGCGCAAAUUGCCUUCGCAGAUGGCCAGCUCGGUGCUUUACAAUGAGGUGCCAGGGGCAGUGGAGGCUUUCGUGGAAUUGGAGGUCACGUGGUCGAAGUCAGAGUUGUCCAAGCGAAUGUUGAAGUACUUCACGGGAGGCCUCACAGCCACUGAGGGAAAGGGCAGUUGGGCGAUCGCCGCCCGCAAGUUCUUGGAGAAGGGCCUGCGGUCCUUUUCGAACGCCUGCAAGGGACGGAAGUGGUUCGCGCGCGCAGGUGUUGUCUUGAAGCCCGUGCUUGCGAAAGCAGCGUGGGAGUUGAUACAGGAUUGCGACAACGUCUCGGAAUGCUCGAUCCAUGCACUGGAACAUCUUGUUGACGAGGUCUACAUGGAGAUGACGGAAUAUCAGAACUUUGAGGUCGCGGUCCACAAGGCGGUGCUGCACUCCUUCGGAGAUCAAUGCGAAGAAGUGCAGCAGAAGCUGAUGACGGCCCUCCAUCGCACCCAUGAAGGAGUGCAGAAGGAGUUGGAGCAGGCCAACAAUCAAGCCGACAUUUUCGCGAAGGUCGAGGCCUUUGCGGAGCUUUGGGUCAACAAAAGCAUGGAGCGAGCUGCGGUGAUGGUCAAUCCGGAGAUUCUCACCGAGACUGCCAUUGUGGAGCUUUUCAAGCUCCUCCUAGCUCCGGAAUUCUCGGAUACCUAUUCCUGUGUGCCUCCGGAGCUGAGAGAGGGUGGCAGGCCCAAGUCUUGGCGCUUUUUGCGGCUCUACGUCCGUGAGAUGUUGGAACGCUGGGACGACAGAGGCGAGUCUCCAAGGCCAAGAAAGCGGCCAAUGCCCGUGUGA